AUGCAUGAAAUCAUGAAUGUUGAACAUCCUUACACUAGUAGUGACAAACCGGCUGUAGAAGGACCUUUUGAGAAAGUUACAGUGGCAGAGGUUAAGAGUGCCUUGCGAGCGUUAGCGAGCAAGAAGGCUCCAGGGCCAAGUGGUAUCACUGCAGAGGUGCUCAAAGCUGCCGGUGACCCUUGCAUUGAUGUACUGACAACUAUUUGCAACCAGAUCUUAUUUAAGGGUAAGAUGCCCGAUUACUGGAAACUGAGCUCUCUGAUUCCACUGUACAAAGAACACAGUAUGGCUUUAUGCCAGGUCGCGGCGUUGUCGAUGCAGUUUUUGUUGCCUGUCAAGUUUGCAGCAGAAAAGAAGCCCCUUUACUGGAUUUUUAUCGACCUGGAGAAGGCCUUUGACCAUGUCCCGCGGCGCCUCAUUAUAGAAAGUUUGAGGCAUAAACGCAUACCAGAGCAUUUCAUAAACGCUAUUAUGGCAACAUAUGACGAUUGUAGGACCUCAGUUAUUGUGUACGGUGAACCGACAGAUGCUUUUGAUGUUACUGUUGGUGUGCAUCAAGGUUCAAUCCUCAGCCCCCUCCUGUUUAUCACGGUUAUGGAUUAUCUGACUGAAGAAGUGCGAGAUGGCUCCAUACUGGAAAUGUUGUAUGCGGAUGACAUAGCACUCGCAGCAGAGACACCCGAAGAAGUCAUGAGGAAGUACAGAAUGUGGAAGUCAGCAUUGGAGUCCAAAGGCCUUCGGGUUAAUGUGGGCAAAAGCAAGGGAAUGGGAGACCUCCCUAGUGUCACCCGUAUCGCUGAUGUCGAUCCUUGCGGCGUUUGUGGAACUAGAGUUGGCAGAAACUCGAUUAUGUGCACUCUUUGCAGAAAAUGGGUACAUGUACGCUGUACCGGUGUUAGAGGAAGUUUAUCUCCACACGAAGUUUUCAGUGUUCUACAUGCCAAACCCCAGCUGCAAGUGAUCCUGCACCCCGUAACAGUUUCGACGAGUUAG